CUUGUACGAGGUUCAGUUCCCAGUUGUUUUUCGUGUCGGAAAGUUGUCACUCGAGCGGCUACUCCCGAAGAGGCAAUUCCAUUCAAGUAGAGUUGAAAGUCUGUGGUCUUAAUAAUUGCAAACCGUUUUUGUGUAUGGGAUAUACAACUAUUUUACAACAGGAGAUUUUUGUUUUUGAAUGAAAACGGAUCGGUUCCACUCCCUAGGAGGCGAAAUUCCGCACGCGUAGCAAUUCGCGCGGAGCAAACAAUAGUAGAGUGAGUGCUUUCGGUGUUCCCCGUUGUUCUGUUGUUCGACUCUUUUUUUUUUAAUUGUGUGAAUGAAAAUUGCAAGUGCAAGGGACAAUUGUUGUGCCCUCCCCCUCCCCGUGAAUGAAGAUUCUGUUGUUCAAUACUGGAAACAAGUGCAUUUUCUAGUGUGUUGAGAAAUUUUCUGUGUUCUAAUUGUGAUCUCUCUGUAAACUUCGGCUUUGGAAAAAAAAAGUACGUUCCAAGGCCUCUCUGGUGGAAAAGAAAGCAAGUGCAAGUGAAAAACUAGUUACAGCAAACUGGAACGAAUCUGGAAACCGAGGGUUUGAUUCAUCCAGACCGAACCUUGGAAUCGCCAAGUGCCAAGCGUGCAAAAUAUGAUUUGGAGCAAGUCUCGAGCGAGCACUGUCAAUCACGGCGAAAAUGUAUCGACUAAUAUUGUUGAUGUGAUGCACUCGGCUCAGCUGGUCGUAGAAGAACAACAACAACAGCAGCAGAAACAGCAACCGGAAGUGGACUCGUUACCAUUGGUGCAUCGCAGUCACCUAGUGCAGCUAGGUAGCGCCGCUAAUCAACGCCUACUGCUAGUGUCGGAAGUCUGUCAGAAGAGUUCCAUCAACGACGCCUACUACAAUCUAGACAAGGUUCUAUCGUGAAGUGUCGAUUUUCGCGAAGAAGAAAUCCGCAAUCGGAAGGGGAGAAAAAGAAAGUUCGGUAAUCGAAUACAAGAAAGAAGAAGAAGAAGAUCGUGAAGACGUAGAAGAAGAAGAAGAAGUGUUGGAUGUGUACAAUAGAAAGCUAUAAGACGAAAUUAUUACCGAGCAAAGGAGUGAUAAAGUAAAACUUGUUGAGAGUAAAAGUUGUUACGAAGCAGAGAGUGGAAAACCUGUUGAAAGAGAAGCGAAAAAUCGUGAUCGAAGCUUGUGAAGCAACGUAUACAUCAAAAAAAAAAAUUGUAGUAAAAGGAAAAUCAUAGUAUCUGAGUUUUUAUUUGUUUAUUUUUGACGUCAUCAGUGUGCCGUAAGAGUGUGUAAGUGCGUGCGAUUCCGUCAAGGAAAACAAAGUCUGAUCACAUAUGAAAAAAUACUUCCUGAACAAAAUGUCAACCGGCAAGCGCUUGGCAAAACGGUCCAUCAUCGGCACCCGGGUGUGCGCUCCCGGUGUCGACGGAAUCUGGUACUCCGGGGUGAUCCAGGCCGUCAAGACACCGCCGUCCGCCAACCAGAAGGACAACAACAACUGCAUCAACCUGACGCCCAACACGCGCUACUCGGUGCGCUUCGACAGCAAGCAGGACGUCGCGAGGCGCGGGUUGGCCCGGGAGUUCCGCGAGAGCGAACUCAUCGGUCCCGGCUUCAAGACCAUCAUGGACGUCCGGCUGAAGCCGGGCCAGAAGGUGUUCCUCACCUACAAUGGGCGCGAAAGUGCCGGCGAGGUGCUGCAGCACGAUGACCUAAAAGACGAGAUUACCGUUAAGAUCGUACCCGUUGGACAAGAGGUAUGCAAACAUCCUACUAACGAUGAUCAGCCUCUUCCCACUAACGCCCCGAUCGAGCUGACCAAACGUCUCGAAGAAGUUCGCCUGCUGGAGUCGCGCCGUUCACCGCGGUUGGCCGAUCAGGAGAAGGACACGGACUUUGCCCGGCUGGCGGACAUGGCCGGCGACCGCCGACGACAAUCACACAGCAUCGAUGUGCCAUUCUCACUCACGCAACAAAAUGGAUCUCGUAAACGACGCCCCUCAUACUCACAGGACGACCGGGAAUAUUACAGUAUUAACGACGACGACCCGAUGGACGAAUGCAACGCUGCCCUGGUACUUAUGAGUCUGUCCUGUUCGCCGAACUCUUCCGUGACGGGUUGGGAAACCAUCUUGGGAACCAGCUCCGGCAGUAGCAGCACAUCGUGGAGCACCGGUUCGACCACGCCGCCACUCAGCGAGGAUGGACUUUCCACGUCACCGAACAGCACCAACAGCAGCAGCAGCAGCACCAGCAGUAGCAGCAGUAGCGGAAUCAAUAGCAAUGGCAGUAGUCCACCGGACAAUACUAAUAACAACAACAACAACAACAACAACAACAAUAUCACCAUCAACAACAACAACAACAACAACAACACUGCCAACACCAACGGUACCACCAAUGACAUUGUGAUUCGCGGCCCCCGGACCACAUCGAUCUCCACCUCGGACGAAGGCAUCGGAAUGGACUACAACGAGGAUCUGCCACGGAAGCGACGGGCGAGCCAACCAAUCUACAAAUGCACCUGGAAGGGUUGUGGCGUCAUCUACACAUCUUGUUCUGAGGUCACCGCUCACGUACGAAACGCACAUCUAGGUCCCCGCAAACCGGACGAGGACAGCGACGAGGAGGAUUUCUUCUUCACCGAGAUUGAGGAUGAGAGUGACAGUGGCCAUAGUGCGCCCCAUCCGCCAUCGCCACCGACUCUGAGCCACCGCGACAUGGCUCGACCCCCGCACGAGGAUCCCGAGUACCAGCGGCAGAUCGUUGGUAACUACAGGCAAGGGCUGCUGUCCUUGUCCUCCCAGCAGCUGCAGCAGCAACAGCCUCUGCAGCAACAUCCACACCUGCAGCACUAUGGACAACAGAUCCAGCAGCAGCAGCAGCUCAGUGCUGCCAUCAAACCGCCACUGCCAGGCCACCAAGCCGCCCAGCUCCAUCUCCACCACCAGCAACAGCAGCAGCAGCAAAGUCUGAACAAUAACAACAACAGCAACAGCAGCAACAACAAUGCCAUCAGCCAGUCGGGAAGCAACAGCAAUGGAAGCAGUGGUGGCGGCGGCGGUGGCAGCAGUAAUGGCGGCAGCAGCGGAGCCAUCCUCCCGCACAGCAACACGUCGCCGCUGAUACAUCACAACUACACCUGGUCGCAGGUUAGUCCGACAUCGCCCCAGAAGCACGUCCGUCUGUCGCCCCGCCCGUCCUACCCGUACCCAUCGCCAAACUACUCAAACCAAAUUGCACAACAACAUCACUACCAGCAACAGCAACAGCUCGGUCAGAUCCAGCUCUCCCCGGGUGGUACCAACUACCAUCAGCAGUCGACGCUCGGCGGCAUCGGUGGAUCCGCUGUCGCCACCGCCGUCGCCGCCGUCACCGGUCAGGUGCAAUCGAUGAACGGUGCCGGUCCGUUCGUCACCCCGGGAACCAGUCCCGGAUCGACGGCCAGUAGCAACCGUUCGCCCCUGUCGCCGAACCGCCGGACACGAGGGGAGAACAAAAAGUGCCGCAAGGUCUACGGCAUGGACCACAAGGAACAGUGGUGCACCCAGUGCAAGUGGAAGAAGGCCUGCAGCCGCUUCGGGGACUGAUCCUCCAAGUCGCGGAAGCCACCGCCGCCAGCGGCGGCGACGGCAUCAGCCUCUUCUCCGCAACAGCAGUCUCAGUCUGUUGCGAUAGCAGCGCCUCUAGCGGUUGUGCUAUCAAACCACCACCAACACCACCAGCAGCAGCAGCAUCAUCACCACCAACAACAACAACAACAACAACAACAACAACAGCAACAUCACAACAAUAGCAGCAACAGCAACAACCAUCGGCAACACCAGCAACAGCAAUCAGUCUGAUGCGAGCGGCGAAAGCGUGGCGAGUUGCUCAAUGCUUCGUAUGGUUUAGUGAGAGAGUAGAUCGUGUGCGAGUGUUAGUAAGACGAGCGCGUGCACUGUAAAUAUAAACGUGAUAUAUUUUAGCGAAAAGAAAAAAAAAUGAUGAAAAUGAAAGCAUGUGUAUGGGGAUAAAAAUGACAGACAGGCCGAAAAAAAAAUGUGGAAAUCAAUUCGUAAAGAGAUAGUUUGUAGGUUCUAUUGAGUGUAAUAAUGUUAGCUAUUUAUAUUCUCAGCCAGCGUAGGCAAGUGGAAAAAGUCGCAGCAGAAGAAGAUUUGAACAGAGCAUAGCCAGAAGAAAACACUACACAGAAAAUGGAAAUGGAGCGUAUUUUUGUACUAAACAACAGCACUACUACUACUACUACUGACAACUGCAUACUACUAUUACUCGAUAAGUAGUACAGAGCAAUAGUGUGACUCUAAACAAAAACCAAAUUCAAGUCUUUCCUGCACGUUGUUACACAGUUUAUAUUUUCCGUAUUUGACGCCCCUCAAACGAUUGAAACUGAUUUUAAUCAUCGAAUCGAGAAAACAAAGUUUAUAAGCUUCAAGUUGCAACCGCAUGUGAUUUUUAAAAACUGUUACAUACACGCUAUAUAUUUUCAUGGAAAAGUAAAUCGUACUACAAAAGCAAAAUGCAUCGCUGUUGUUCAAACUACUCUUUUUUGUUGAUUUUCUAAAUAUGCAUAUUAUAGGACACAAAUGCGCUAAAUGUUGUACUCUAUUGAACGUUUUUUCUCUAAUAUCCUCCCCACCCCCAUCUAAUUCACACACACACACACAAACACCGACACAGAAGUAAGCAAAACACAUACAUAACAGAACGAAUAAAAAAACUGAAUUCAUGAAAUCCAACAUCUGGCAGUGUUGACGAUUCAAAACAAUAACAACAACAACAACAACAGCCCGGUACGAUUCCAUUCCACCUAGCAAACCAUCACCUUAACAAGUAGCAACAGAACCGAACUUUGCGAAACCAAAAACACCCGAUCGAGCGCGCUACGGACCCGAACAGUGCACAGUAUAAGGACAGGACAAGUGGACGGAAAUGGAAUAGAAAAUAAAAAUUGGCUUUUGAAUGAUCGUCUAUCUCUUUAUCGAAUUACUCGAAGGAUAACAACAAGAGCAACAACAAAAAAAAAAGGUAAAAUUAAUGAAAAAUCGAAAAAAUAAUGAACAAAUACAUCCGUAAUUAAUAAAUGAAAAAUGCAACAAGACUUUUAAAGGCUGAUUUAGUUUUUAACGAAUAAAAACAACAACAACAACCACAAAACAUGCAAAAUGAUGGAACAACAAACAUCAACAAAUGACAACCGUAAAGCGUGUUGUUUGUGAACAAAGUACUGACCGUCAUAUCAGAGCAUGCUCUGCUUCGAAGAAGAAGAAGAAAAACAAAUUUAAGUGUCGAAAUUUUAACGACUUAUACGCACACACACCCGCCUUGCGGUGGCAGCCAUUGCGAUCUACCAUGUGCCGCUGUAAACAAAGACAUCAACCAACAACCAAACAAAGCCAGGGUGUGCGUGUGCGCUCAUGCGAAAAUUAGUGUGAAGAAGAAGAAGAAGAAGAAGAAAAAAGCGAAUAAAACCACUGCCAAUAAUGAUUAAAAACAUGAUUAAAACAAAAAAAAAAUAACUACAUUUAACUCUUACAUUGAAGUGAAAGCAAAAUGAUAUCGACUAAUUAUGCAAGCAAGAAAAAUAAACAAACAAAAAAAUCGAUAAUGUAUGUGUAAAACCUACUCUUUGACGUGUUUUCCAUGGUAAGUAAACAAAAA